CGGCCGCCAGCACGAACGCCUGCCAAGACUGGCUUUCUGCAGCACCGAGCACAGGCUUCUCUGCCCAGCCCUGCCAUGGGCACGGGCUGCCCUUCUGUGUCAGCUGGGUGCCUGAGCCAAGAAACUCCCAACGGCUGGGUGCCCCGAGGCCGGGCAGACGCAGGCGUCCCAGGAUCAAAAUAGCAGUCAGAUGACCACAAGGCCCCGUGGCAGGGCCCCCAGGGCAGGCUGCUCACAGCUGCUGCAACUAAAGAUAGGCGUGAAGGGCACACGCCUUGGGGAAAGUCGUGGGGAGCGAGCACCGUCCUGUCUCGGGCCAUGGGCACAAUGAGGUCACUCCGUUUCAUUUCUGCAGAAGCCCUGGUGUCCCACCCCCAGGUGGCCUGGCAGAGCCUGGACAGUGUGGCCCACAACCUCUACCCACUCCUGUUCAAAGCCAGCUACCUGCUGGAGCAGGCGGAGGUGACGCGCGCUGUGCUGGGUCGCUGGCCCCUGGAGGAGUUCCGGCUGGGAGCGCUGCUGGGUCCUGGUGCCGACCACCCCCAGGACCUGCGCGACCGAACCUGCAGGGCCUGCCUGGAGGCGCUGGUGCGCGGCCUCGCGGACCACGUGCUGCAGGACCGGAGCCGCCGGCGGCUGCGGGUGGCUGACCUCACGGGCCUCCGAGAUGUGCAGGUGCAGCGGUGCCCAUGCGGGAGGGCGCUGGGCAGGUGGGGCCGCACCCAGCUGCUGGCCAGGACAUGCUGUGAGCUGCAGGCAGAGCCCCUUGCAGCCGGGCGCCCCGUCGAGGUCCUCGCCGACCUCUUCGUCACUGAGGGCAACUUCGAGGCGGUGGUGCAGGCUCUGAGGCCAGGGGGCCCGGCCCCUCUGCGGGUGCACUGCCCCUCGUUCCGGGCGGACAGCCUGAGCCCCAGCCAGCUCCUGCACGUGCUGUGUCUGGCUGGCCCGGGUGCCCUGCGCAAGCUGGAGGUGGUGCACAACGUGCGGCUGCAUGCGGGCCACGUGCUGCAGCUGCUGGCCCAGGUGGGCUUCCCCCGGCUGGCCUCGCUCACCCUGCCCACCAAGGCCUUUGAUGCACCCCCCACCUGCGCCUCCACUCCCGACGGCGAGGACCCCCUCCUCGCCUCCAUCGCCCGGGAGCUCAGCAAGAUGACGCAGCUCACCGAGCUCAGUGUGGCCUUCUCCACGCUGACCGGGAAGAUCCCGACGCUGCUUGGCCCCCUACAGACCCCGCUGCGAGUGCUGGACCUGGCCAACUGUGCCCUGAACCACACGGACAUGGCCUUCUUGGCAGACUGUGCCCACGCUGCCCACCUGGAGGUCCUGGACCUCAGUGGACACAACCUGGUCAGCCUGUACCCCUCGACCUUCUUCAGGCUGCUCGGCCAGGCUUCCCGGACGCUGAGGGUCCUGACACUGGAGGAGUGUGGCAUCGUAGACAGCCAUGUUGGCGUGCUGAUCCUGGGCCUGAGCCCCUGCCACCGGCUGCGCCAGCUCAAGUUCGUCGGGAACCCGCUGUCGGCCCGCGCCCUCCGGCGCCUCUUCGCCGCACUCUCUGAGCUCCCCGAGCUGCGCUGCAUCGAGUUCCCGGUGCCCAAGGACUGCUACCCCGAGGGUGCCGCCUACCCCCAGGACGAGCUGGCCAUGUCCAAGUUCGACCAGCAGAAAUACGACGAGAUCGCCGAGGAGCUGCGUGCCGUGCUGCUGCGGGCCGACCGAGAGGACAUCCAGGUCUCCACACCCCUCUUUGGAAGUUUCGACCCAGACAUUCAAGAAACAAGCAAUGAGCUUGGCGCUUUCUUGCUGCAAGCUUUCAAAACUGCUCUAGAAAACUUCUCCAGAGCACUCAAACAAAUAGAGUAGUUCCUUCACUCGUACCGGCGACAGGUCUCGCAUUUCAGCCUGCAGCUGCCCCGGGCUUCGGUCCCGGAUCGGAGGCUUGGGCCCGGCAUUCAUCCCCACCACCACCACCACCAAUAGCAGUUCUUAGUGAAAAUUGUAGGCGAGCCUGUUAAGCGCUGUAGAAGAGGAAGCCUUCCAGGAGAGGUGCCAUGCGGUGCCCUUUAGCGGCAGCACGGCAAGGUCCUGGAGGUGGGGGAAGCCACCAAGAGACAGUGACUGAGGGUCAGCGGCGGGGACGCCACAUGGCAAACGGCAGAGAAGCCCGGGAGGUGUGAGGAGCGGCUGACCUGGUCUUGACGCAUCCGGGCACUGGGUGCAAGAGGAAGCUUCAGGGGACAGAUGUGACUGGGCUCCACAGCUGGGGGUGGGGAGAAAGAACGCAUCAUAGAAACUGCACAAAAUAAGCAGCCCAUGAAAAACAACCGAGAAAAAGAGGCGAAAAAUGGACAGCAAACCGGACCCUGCUUCCUCCAGCAGGAGGCUUCCACGCGCUGCUGGUCACAUCCCGCUGUCUGCACCUGCCGCUUACAGGAUGAGGUGGGCCUGCAGGGGACGCGGGGCUUUUGGUUGCUGUUAGUGGCGGCUUUUCUUCUCACUUUGUGUAGCCCCCAGAACCGUGAGGGGCAUCCUAGUGGGUGAGCACAGGCGUCCGCUGAAGAGCCGCCUGGACCAGGGCGGUCAGCGCUGUGGGGAGGCCUUCGCCCGACCGCACCACUGUUUCUCACCAACAUUCACUGUGUCCCGCGGGGCUCGAGGCUCAGACUGACGGGAGCUAUUCUAGGUGUUUAAUUGAAGGCCUCGCACUUGACCAGCCCCUGGAGAAGGUGACAACCACCUAAGACACAUUUGGACUUGGUGUCCACCAAGAAUGACUUUGUGCAAAGAAAUGGCUGAGCACUAGAAUAACUAAAUGCAAAUAAAAUGCGUCUUUCAGUGCAGUUCAGA